AUGGACGGUGGAGGUGCCACGGGCGCAUUCCUAUUCACCAUGAGCAGGAGCCUGCACUCCGACCACCUGUGGAUCUGGCCGCCCAACAUGUACAUGGACGGGAUCGACGGCACCUGGAUGUCCAUCACCAUUGAGACAGAAAGCAGCCUGCAAGUCCUCCUGUGCCAGAUCGAGGUCUCCCGCGGGGAGGCCCUGCAGCCCAGCCGGCUGUCCCUCAUGUGGCAGCUCUACCCUGGCAGGCUGUACCGCUCCCCCGACUCCAGCUUCUGGCGCAUCGUGUACCACAUCAAGAUCAACGGCGUCGAGGACAUGUUCCUGGAGCAGCUGCCAGACCCGUAG